AUGCUUUCAUUGUUUCAAAUUCUAUUGUUAGGCCUGAUUGUCAAUUUGGCUUUCUGUGCAACUGCAACCAUCCAUUGUAGCCGAAAAACGCCCGCUUUCACGUGUCCAUCGUGGACUUGUCCAGCAAGAGCUUAUCUCGACAGAGAAAAGAAGUAUGAAACACAUUGCUAUAAAUAUGAACCGGGCCCAAAUGGAAGAGUAAAAUGGUAUUACAUUACAUUGCCCAAAGGAGACAAAGCUUAUAUUAGGGCGAUGUUGUCAGUUUUCUAUGUCAUGUUAUUCUCAUCUAUAUUGCAUGGUUUUCAAUCGAUUCUCUAUGAUAAAGAUCCUUAUGGAUACGAUUGUAUACACUAUUUCUCAAUGGACUUGAGUUUUACUGAUAUUGUCAAGUAUUGCAUUCGUCCAGAGAAUGAAAAUGAUUUGCUUGAUAUUGAGUACAAAGAUAUAUCUGAGCCAACAAUGACAUUUGAUGAAUUGAGUCGAUUAAAUGUCACCUCGUCUGAUCUUCUUCGUUGGUCGUCAGCCAUUGAUCUAGUCGAACGAUACCAAGUUUAUCUGGACCAUUCAAGUGUAUCCAAUCGUUCGAAUGAAAUGUUUAUGAAUUGCACAAGACCAUGGUUUGGAUCUCAAUGUCAAUAUUCAUACGAUAUGACGAUGAGUUUUGAUGAUAUCAUAUUUCUUUCACCAACAUGUUAUAUCCUUCUACAGUGCAACCGCGGUGAUUCGACAAUCUGUCUCGACUGGCGUGAGAUUUGCAACGGACAAGUCGAUUGUCUUAAUGAUGGAAUUGAUGAAAUUCGAUGUAUUGAAUUAGAAAUGAAUGAAUGUGACGAAAAUGAAUAUCGUUGUUAUAAUGGUUUGUGCAUUCCAAAAAUAUUUCUUGGAGAUGAAUCAAUCGAAGCUGAAUGUCUUGAUAGUUCUGAUUAUUUCACUGAUUCAACAUAUCGAUUGAAUUUAUUCCACUUUGAAGAAUCGCAAUGUCGACCAGAUCAAGGACAGUUUUCUUGUGGCAAUGGGCAAUGUGUCGAAGAGCUUCAUGAAUGUGCAAAUCAACGACAUUUAGCAUUAAUUCAAUCAAUUAGUGAUAAAGGAAAUCUUUCCACGAACUGUUGGCAAAUAAUGGCUUGCCUUAGUAAGAUUCUGGAUGUAGUUGACAAUAUUCCAUGUGAUGAAAUCUUAGAAACAACUGAAGAAUUCGAACGUUGUCAUUUUCCAAUGGAGUUUCCAACGAAACCCGUUCUCUACGGUCAUAUAAGAUUUCUUUAUCAUCCGAAAAAUAUUCAGGACAUCAACAUAAGUUUCGCUCUUCAACCUGACUAUAUCUGUUUUGAUCACAAAUUAUGUGAUUUUCUUCAGCCGGACUAUCCGAUUAGAAACCUCACAUGUUUAUCAAGUGAACAGAUGGGUUUGGGUUCGCAUCUUCAAUUUACGACGUGGAAAUCAAUGAUUGACGCCGUCAAACCAUACUUUACCGGUUGUACGACACGACAUUACGAAAACGCUCUAGUUGGAUUUCCAUCAACGUUCUAUCGAUGCAAGAAUUCAUCGAAAUCAAUUUCCAAAUAUCGACUUAUGGAUGGAAUAACUGACUGUCAUUUGAAUGAUGACGAGCAAAUCAAUGGAUCGUGCUGUUUAGACAAUCAGACUUUACGAUUUCAAUGUCCGCAAGACAGACAAUGUCGCCCAUCGUUAUAUCCACGUGCGAAGUGUCUAUGCGAUCAAGAAAUUCAUUUGAAUACGAUCGGUUUUUAUCAGAUCUGUGAUCGUAUCGAUGAUUUGCCUUUAUUACUAAUUGAUGGACGGAAUCAUUCGGAUGAAACUGAUUGUGAACAUUGGGUAUGUGAAAACAUGUAUACACAAUGUGAUGACUUUCCAAAUUGUGCCAAUGGUGAAGAUGAAAUAAAUUGUUUAUCCAUAUAUCGAAGCACAACUUUAGAUAAUGAAAACGAUACAGAAUUAUUAGCAAUCAAUUCCACUGAAGUAGGAAUAUGUGCUCGUGGUCUAUAUGUUCCUCAUCGAUUAGGAAUGAAUAACUACAGUUACGUAUGUUUUUGCCCACCAAAUUAUUAUGGUGAUCGAUGUCAGUAUCAAAAUCAGCGUGUUAGUCUAACUCUUUCUAUAGCUACCGUUGAUCGUCCCUUAAUCUAUGCAAUUGUUAUCACGUUAAUCGAUGAUGAUCAUGAUCAAGAAGAAAUCCAUUCAUACCAUCAAUUAACUUACACAGCCAAAAGUCAUUGUGGAAAACCAUUGAAUAUCUAUCUGUUAUAUUCGACUAGAGGAAAGAAUAGUUCGAAAAACUUUACUAUUCGUAUUGAUGCAUUUGAUAAAAAGUCAAUGACAUAUCUAUUGACAUGGUAUGUAAAGAUUCCGUUUGUAUUCCUUCCGGUAAAUCGCAUUGCCGCCUUUUUAACACUACCAACUACUCGACCUUUGCAGCCGGUUCUUUGCCCACUUCAAUGUUCCUACGGAAUAUGUAUGAAAUAUCAUAACGAAGAGCGGUUCUACUGUCGAUGUCAGCCGGGUUGGUCUGGUGCACGCUGUGAUAUUCCAAUAGAUUGUAGCAUGUGCGCAGCAGGUUCAAUUUGUGUUGGCUCUGUUCAAAAUCGACCGAUAUGUAUUUGUCCACAUGGAAAAUUCGGCUCAUUUUGUCGAUUAAAAUUAAUGUGUCCACAUGACCAUUGCCAAAAUCAAGGUCGUUGUGUCGUCAUCGAUGAACGCAUGAUUAAUGAGAGUUAUGUAUGUUUUUGUUCAGAAUCCUAUUAUGGAGAUCGAUGUGAAUUCGAGAAAUCUCGAAUUGAAAUAUCAUUUCAAAAUAUUCAGUUCUCUUCAUAUUUUCAUAUUUAUUUGUAUUCAGAACCAGAUUUUCCUGAACUAAGAUCAAUUCUGCUGAGAAAACCAACAAUGUUUCAAAGCAGUGUUACAUUAUAUUCCGAAGAUGAGAUUGGAUUGAUUUUUACUAAAAUGAAUAGUCAAUAUUAUCUAGCUAUUCCUCAGAAUUCUUCUCCAAUUACGAUUACUCCAACGCACCAAUGUUUCAGUUGGUAUGAAGUUUUGAAUCCAAAAUAUCGUUCUUUGCCACGAAUUCAUCGAAUGAAGUAUUACCAUCUUCCAUGUCAAGAGAACCGUAAUCUUCGAUGCUUUAUCGAUGAAUAUUACAUGUGCUUAUGUACUGACGAGCAUUACAGUAACUGUUUUCCUUUAAAUCAUCAAUCGAUUUUUGAAUGCGAAGAUAAUGUGUAUUGCGAAAAUGGUGGUCAAUGUUUGCAAGAUCAAGCGAUAUGUUUUGCGAGUAUUUUAUGUGUAUGUAGAGAUUGUUUCUUUGGUGAUCGCUGUCAAUUCUAUGCGAAAGGUAUGGGAUUGAUGUUGGACGAUCUAUUACGUUAUGAAGUUCAACCGAAUACGAGUUUUACCCAGCAAUUAUUGACUGUUCAAUUAAGUGCAGUUGUGAUGUUGAUUGUGUUUGUUAUAGGUUUAUUCAAUAGUAUUUGUGGUUAUGUGGUUUUCCAUCAACAAAUAUCGCGCCGUGUUGGCUCAGGUAUUUAUCUUCAAUCAUCAUCGAUUAUUUCAGGUUUAGUUGUUACUUUCUUAAUGGUGAAAUUUUGCUUUAUCGUUUACACUUAUAUCGAUCUAUCAAUUCAUCGCAAUGUUCUUCGCAUAGGAUGUCUAUUAAUUGAACCUUGCCUUCGUUUGCUUCUCUAUACGAACCAUUGGUUAAAUACGUGUGUGGCGAUUGAACGAGCUGUUUUAGUUCUGCAAGGAGUGAAUUUCGAUAAGAGACGAAGUCGCACUAUUGCACGACGAGUUUGUCAGUUGUUGCCGUUGAUUAUUUUAGCUUCGAUGUCUCAUGAACUUAUAUAUCGAGAUUUAUUUGAAGAUUACGAAGAACGACGUUUUUGGUGUGUACUUCGUUAUUCGUUGACUGUAGAAAAAUACACGAAAGUUAUCCAAUUCAUACAUUUCGCAGCGCCUUUUACCAUCAAUUUGAUUUCUGCUCUUCUUAUCAUCAUGAAUAUUACUCGUCAGCGAUCAAUAAUUCGACAUCAUCGACGCUAUGAACAACAAUUACUCGAGCAAUUCAAUGAACAUAAACAACUAGUAAUCAGUCCUAUUGCGAUGGUCGUUCUAUUGUUUCCGCAAUAUACACGCUGCGAGAAAUAUCACCAAACUUUUUGCAUUGUCCUCAUAGUGAUGUCGACGUCACGAAAAUCAUCAGAAUCAAAUCAGCAAGUUGAUGUUGAUGCCAUGAGCCAGAAACAACAGCAACAAGCUGAUCAAUAUGCUAAUGAUGAGAUUGAGCAACAACAAACUGGUGAAAUCCCUGCGAAUACCAAACCGCAGCAACACCAACAACCUCAACACAGUCAUGAAGUCAAUCUGAAUGCUAUGAGUCAAAAGCAGCAACAACAAGCUGAUCAAUAUGCUGUCGAUGAAAGUCAAUAG